AUGGAGAGCUCCCGGGGUCGCCUUUCUGUUUCUUUGCACCCGAGAGCGCCAGUCAGGGGCGACCAGAGCCAAGCGUUCGUGGCACCACAACGGUUCCGGCAAGAUGACAAGAAAGACAUGUCCACUUCUUCGGCAAUCCAGGACUCCUCAUCACCCGGGCUUCUCGAUGAAUUUCGCCGACGACGGUCGCCCAGCUGCCUGAGAAAUGUCAGGACUCUGGGGCGCGAAGGAAUGGUCCGAAGAGGCGACGAACACAAAAACGUCGACGCAACCUCUCAGAGUCGAUUGGCAAGCUGUGAUGGCUCUUUCUCGAGUUUAUUUUCUCGUAAUCAGACAUCUCUUGUGUCUCGAAUCCGCGUGCUCUUACUUCUCACUGCUUGCGUUUUGUUCUUUGGCGGCCUGCCUUUUUUAUGGUACGCGGCUGGAGGUUUUGCGUCACUUCAGUCUCUGUUGUUUCUCACUUCACUAAAGCAGUUUCAGAUCCCUUCAAAGCGGUUUCCCUCGUUAGUCCACGCUUGCUGCUUCCUCGAUCGAUCUAAAUUCCUGCUUCUUCUCCCUCUCCUCUUCUCGGCUUGGUCGUGCCAGCCCGUUCAAGCUGUUCACCUCAGGCCCUGUCGUGUGCUGUGGGGAGGCGAUCGCUCACGCACUCCUCACGCUCUUUCCUCUGUUUCUUCAUCCUUCUCUGACUCUCCGUCGUCUCCUCUUGUUUUCUUUCCGGCAUCGCUGCAUCCAUCUGCGUCUCGUCGAGGUUAUGGCUGGCGACGCUCGGAUCGCCUGAAGGGGGAUCUCGAAUCCUCUCCUGCUCUCAACCGGAAGGAAAAAACGAAGACCAUUACUCUGCACUCACAACACUUGGGAUUUGCUCUCUCACCUGGGUCUUUUCUUGCAAAACCGAAGCCCCCUUUCCGUGCUACAACACAAAACGCUCCGCUUCCCCCGGUCGCUUCGUCUUCGACCUCUGUUUUCGCUUCCUCUCUCUGCGCUUCCGAGCCUGCCUCGUCGUCUUCCUACUGCGUCUCCGUCGCAUCAACUCAACGCUUGCCAACGCGGACUGUUGUUGUAGGCCGAGGCGCGCAUGCUGCACCUUACCAUGACUUCUUCUCUUCGGCGUCUUCUGCGUCUUCUGCGUUGCCUCCUCCUGGAAGUUGGAGAGAAGGAUAUCCCGUUCUGAUUGGCGGCGCGCACCCUCUCGUGGUGCAGACGAUGACGAAUUCCGACACCCGAGAUGUCCAGGCCACCGUCGAACAGAUUCGGAAGUGUGCGGAGGCGGGCGCAUCUAUGGUGCGAGUGACGGUUCAAGGAAUGAAGGAGGUGGAGGCCUCAAAAUUCAUUAAGGAGAAACUCGACCAGGCAAAUCUACCUAUUCCCCUUGUGGCCGAUGUUCAUUUUCAACCGCGUGUGGGCCUAGCCGCGGCUGAGAUCUUCGACAAAGUUCGCAUCAAUCCGGGCAACUUUGCAGACGGCGCGAAGAAAUGGGAGGAUGAAGAGACAGGGGGACAGACAGGCGACUCAGGCAGAGAGACAGAAGACGAACGGAAGCUAGGAGACGAAAGGAAUCGCGAAGUUGAGAGCGACAGGCGCUUUGACGACGGCCACAAGCGCAUAGAGGAGCUCCUCGUUCCGCUUGUCGAGAAAUGCAAAGCCUUCAACACAGCCCUCAGAAUUGGAACGAACCAUGGCUCGCUCUCUGCUCGCAUCCUUCGGCGGUACGGAGACACCCCGCGGGGCAUGGUGGAGUCGGCGUUCGAAUUUUCAGACAUCUGCGUUCGCGAAAACUUCAGGAACUUUUGUUUUUCCAUGAAAUCGUCCAAUCCGAAAGUCAUGGUUCAUGCCUACCGGUUGCUCGCCAGCGAAAUGUUGAGGCGAAACGAACUUUUCCCCAUUCACCUCGGCGUGACAGAGGCGGGAGAAGGCGAAGACGGGCGCCUGAAAUCUGCCGUGGGGAUCGGCUCGCUGCUACAGGACGGGAUCGGCGACACGCUCCGCGUUUCGCUGACAGAGCCGCCUUGGGAGGAAAUUCCUGUCGCGCUCUCCAUCGCGCGCAUGCAGGGACAGAAAAUUCGCCGGUCGACUUCCGCAGAAACAGGCGGAGGCGUAGCGGGACGAAGACCGCCGGGCGUCUCAGGACCCGACCUGGGCGACGAGAGAGCGAAGGCAAUAAUAGGGACAGGCGAAGGAGACAAAGAAGACAAUCACAGGCGUUCUGGACCUGGCGACGAGGAAGAAACCUUCGGUGUCUCGAAACGCAGACAGACGCAAAACAGGAAGUCAAUGAGCGCCAUCAGUCGCGCGUUACCGGACUUGGAGAGAGACGCUGUGUUCUUUUCAUCAGACGUCCCGUCCGGGGCGCUGCGCGGAUUCGAGGAGAAAAUGCGAAACUUCGAGAAUAUCGAGAAACGGAAAAUCCGCCCGCUCUUCCAGAAACAAAGUCUCGCCGGCGGGCAGACAGCCGCGGAGCGCACCGGCGACGGAGCGGAAACGCCGGAAAAGAGGCAAGAAGAACGCAUUCUACACAGGGACGGCACACUCAUGGUCCGCGUCAGUCCCGAGUGGCUCGAGAUUCCGGAAGUUCUCUACAAAGCUCUCGGGUGCAGAGUCGUCGGUGGCAAACCAUUCAGAACCGCCUCCUCCGUAGAUUCGAUUUACGUCUCUUCCCUGUCACUUCCUUCCUCGGACCACAACGACAGCCGUGACCUGAUCUCGCGCGCUGCACACGCCCGAGAGACUCUGCACGCGCUCCAGGAGGCAGGCAUCGGCGUGCUCGUCCCCUUCCAGGAGUUGGCGUAUUUGCUCUCUCUUGAGCAGCAACAGAAAGUGACGAAGGCGUCGCACGCAGGACGAGGCGCUCAGGGGUCAGAGGCCGGCCUCACGCGAGACAACCACGCCGAAGAGGCGGAACGCGAGAGACUUCUUCUUCAAACUUCGCUCCUGCCUUCAGCGAGGAACGGCCUCGUGGGGAUCUUGCGCCUCAGAGACGCAGCCGCCGUGAGAGGGCGGCUCUUGCCUUUCGUACGCGACAGACUCGAUGGCGUCGCGCUGCUUGCAGACGGUGAAGAAACAGAAGAAGAAAUCGACGCCGUGCUUGAAAUGGAGGCGCUUCUCUUCUUCCUUCUGCGUCCCCAUGCGCGACCGGCACACGGCGUCGCCGCGACUAGGCGAUUUCUCGACAUUCUCAAACGACGCGAAGAGGCCGAGGCGAAGAAGACAGACGCGAUGCGUGGCGGUGCACAGCCCAAGGAAUGCCGAGAAGAAGGUCCAGGGGGCAUUCCUGUCAUCCACUGGCUCGAGCGCACUGCUUCGGCCGUCGCUGAAAACGACAUCACAGGAGAAGAGAAAGAGAAGGCCGAUCGUGUGACGCGCGAACAGAAAGAAGAACGGGAGAGCGCGACCUACGCUGGUUGGGAAGUCGGUAGUCUCCUCAUGGAUGCUUUGGGCGAGGGAGUCUUGGUGGACUUGCCAGCUCUUUCCCUACCGCGACAAAUCCGCCUCGGAUUCAAUCUCCUUCAGGCGUGCAGACUUAGAAACACGAAGACGGAGUUCAUCUCAUGUCCCUCAUGUGGGCGCACGCUGUUCGACAUUCAGAAAGUCUCGGCGGAAAUCAGGAGGCGCACGGGGCACUUGCCGGGCGUGACGAUUGCAGUCAUGGGGUGCAUCGUGAACGGCGUAGGCGAAAUGGCAGACGCAGAUUUCGGCUAUGUUGGCGGCGCGCCAGGAAAGGUGGAUUUGUAUGUGAAGAAGAAAGUGGUGAAGCGGGGCAUUUCCAGUGCCGAGGCCUGCGACGCUCUCGUCGACCUCAUCAAGCAGCAUGGCAGGUGGGUCGACCCGCCGAAGGAGAUGGCCGAGGGAACGUGA